GGCGGCAAUACAUUAAUAGGUGAAGUCUGCCAUAAAACGUAAAAGAAGAAGAACCCAGUCCAGAAGAAGAGCUCAGCCUACCCGGAGAUUUUCAGUCUCCCCUGAUCGCGCAUUGUUGAUUCAUCUGGCGAAGGACAGUUGCCUUUUUACUUCGACAGAGACUGAUAUUAUGAUCCAGAUGUAUCCACAGUAAGCGAGGAAGAGGGUGGAGGAGGAUCUAACUGGCUGUAUUGUUGUGUGGGUUGAGCUGACAACCUCUGCAGUGGAAGUAAAAGAUGUGCAAUGGAAUGUUAGAAUCCACGUCAAAAGCCCUUGGGCUGCCCACCUCCGCAGACAAGCAGUCAAUUUCUCUGUUGCUCUUCCUGACUGUGCUAUCCACUGGACAAGGGUCAGGAUGUGUGAGGCCCUUCAUGGUGCAGAACAGCCUGGUCAACCUGACAGAGACCAACAGGGGUUCCUUCCCUGUGGGCACGGUGCUCCAGUACAGCUGUGACCCAGGCUUCCUGGAGGACGGGCCCAACAUCAUCACCUGCACCCCCCUGGGCUGCUGGUCCUCAGACCCACCCCGCUGCAUACGCAGUGAUGUGUGUCUGCCUCCAUUUGAACCAGAGAAUGGGGGCUAUACCUGCCACCCGUCCCCCUGUCAUAGACUAAACCAUCACACUGUGAUCGAGUACUUCUGUGAUGAAGGCUACAUCCUGAAGGGAGACUAUAAAUACCUGACCUGUCAGGACGGGGAGUGGGACGGCUCCAUGCAGAUUAGCUGUCUCCUGGACCAAGACAGAGACCCUACCCCUGUGUUUGGCAUACCCACCCUAUCCAUUGUGGCCUCCACUGCCAGCUCUGUAGCCCUCAUCCUGCUGCUGGUGGUCCUGUUUGUCCUGCUGCUGGUGGUCCUGUUUGUCCUGCUGCAGCCUAAACUCAAGUCCUUCAACCACAGCCGCCGUGAGCAGGGGGUGUCAGGCCAGCCCGUGUCCAUCAUGGUGGAGGGGGUACAGGUGGCCCUGCCCUCCUAUGAGGAGGCGGUGUGUGGGGAAGGGGCUCUGAGUCUCAGCUCUGAGUCCCGAGUCCAGAUAGUGCUGUCAGAGGGCCAGCAAGCUGCAGGGACGACAGAACCUCUCAUUGCUCAAGCCAGGCCCUCCACCCUCCCCCAGCUCUCAGAGAUGGCAGUGGUUCACCCAGUACCAUCAUCCUUCGCCUUUCCCUCCUCUCUCUCAUCCUCCUCCCGCUGGGGCCUGGAGCGGGCUGCUGCUGCAGUGCCUUCACCCUCACUGCGGAGGGACUCCACAUGCAGUGAGCAGCACAGCCUGCACCUCAACUCUGAGAUGGACUACUCUGAUGAUAUGCCUUUGUUAAAGGAGGCCUGAAGCAUGCUGCAGACGCUGGGGUGUAUGUUACGGAAACACCCAGAGUUGCUGACAGGGUUGCUGUUUACCUGCUGUGUUGAGCCAGAGGCCUGUCUGGAGCUCCCCACUGCAGCAGCUGCCAACACAACAGACUAUCCACCCACCCCCUCUUGGGGCACUAAGUGAGGCUGUGUCAUUCUCAGCAGAAUGUUACCUCUGUGCCCUCCUCUGGAUGGGGAAAGAGGGAUUUCACAUGUACAUACAUGCUUAGCAAUUUUAUAGGACUUCUUACACUAUGUCCAGUGUCUGACACGUGCUCUUUUAACCAUUGGCUUAGUUUUAUGUCUCUGCACUGAGAGAGCACCCAGUAUGUUGGAAGUUUUUUUUGAAAGGCUCAAUAUGCCUUUUGAAAAUUCUGUACUUGUAAUCCAUAUGUAUUUAUUUAUUUUUUUCCCCAUGAUGGUUAAUGCUGCAAACACAUUUUGAGAACCAUUGCCCCCAUCACCAAUUUGUACCAUGUCAACCUGUUUUUGCAUGAUCACUGCAGCACAACAGGCAUGAUGCAUGAUAAAGACAACUGCAACUUAGAUUGAACCAGUCAUUCUCACACAUACACAGAUUUGACAAUUACUCUUAACAUUUUAAUGAUAAGAACGUAUGAUUUUAACUUUUCAUAUUCUCAUUGGGGUUCUUUAUGCCACAACUAUUUGAUGUCACAUCCUUUCUGAUCAUGGUUUUGAACUCAAUGUUUUCCCCACGCACUUAUUUGAAGAUUUUGCUUAAGGCAAGUGUUCCCAAGGUUGAGGCACACCUUUUCUCAGCUCAUUGACAUUGGGCUUAGCAUUCAUAUUCUCUCACUCAUGUCAGUACACCCUUUCUCUAAUGGCCUUAGAUCUCCACUUCUAUGCACAAACACCAUCUGUAUUGGGUUUCAUUCCUGAAAAGGAUUUUAAAAUGAAUGUACAUUUUCAGUCGCCACAGCUUAGUGAUGUAACAAAUUGGAGCAUAGUUGGUGUUUCUUGGACACCUAAUACUUACUAUUUAUUUGUGGGUUGUUUUUGAAAUUGUUUUAAUUAAGUCUAGAUAGGGAAACUUAAUUGAGUGUUUAAUAUAUUCAUGUUCAGAAUGCUGUUGAUCAGCCAUGGUUCCUUUGACGCUUCCGCAAUUCUUGGGAAAUUAUAUGAAGACUGGUCUUUUAACUUUGCCACCUUGGUGGACUCAUAAGGACAUAAUGUGAGACUAAAGUUAAUUGGGUUAACUAUAAUUAAUGAAAAACAGGUCAUUGUUAUGUACAGAAGCUUAGUGUCAUGUCUAUUCAAAUGGUUUCAGUUGCUUUGGAUUCAGUUGCUUUGGAUAAACAAUGCAAUUGGUGUGAAGAUAGUUAAUUUUACUCUGUGUAUAUACCCUGUGAUAAUUUUGAUAAAAUAUAAUUUGAGCUGUG